AUGGCAUGCUUAAACAUGUUCAACAAUGAUCAACCAUACCUCUAUACCUCUCCUCUGGGCCCUAGAAUCUCCUUUUCCAAUGAUUUCGCAGACACCCAACAUCCCAUCAAGAAGCAUGAAACCAACUACAGAGAAGCACCAGUGUCUUCGGACUUUGAAUUCUCAGUGAAAAACAACAAUAUGACUUCUGCAGAUGAGAUCUUCUCCAAGGGGAUGCUGUUGCCCACCAAGCCUAAGAUGACCCUGCGAGAUGAGCUCCUUGUGGAUGAUGAUGAUGAUGGGUUCAAGGAUGUGUUGCCAAGGCUGCAGAAGAGUUCAGGCAGGUGGAAACAGAGGUUUGGUCUGAAAAGAGGUGAUAAAAGUGAUGGGACUUUGGAAAGAGUUGUUGAGGAGAAGCCCGAGACUCAGCUGGAAGGAGCCAGACUUCAAAAUUAA